AUGCAGUCUCAUCCAUUGUUUGAUGGAGCAUUUCAAUGCCUAUUACCAACGAAUGUAGUUGAUGCCAGUGAUUUACGUCAAAUUCCUGAUAACCAAGAAGUAUUUGUUCAUCCGUCAACCUCUCAAAGUAUCACUAUAGAUAUUUUGGAAUACGUGGAUGCUAGUAAUCAUGAAGAUGCAGCAAGAAUGCAUUUUAAUGAAAUCGGUGCAGCUAAUGAAGCUACAGAUUCAAACAUUUCUUCUCUAAGAACUGUGUCACUACAUAAUCCAGAUCCUUAUUGUUCUUCUGUCGUUUUAUUAUCUGGACAGCAAAAAGUGUCCAAGUUUAAUCAAUCCAAUGAAGAUGUUGUAUUCAUUUACAUGGCUUUAUAUAGAUAUACACAAUUCCAAGCGGAUGUAUUAGUUAUUGUCAAUAAUCCUGAUGGUGAAGAUGGUAGUAUCAUUCAUUCAUCUUCAUCAGGUCACGAUCAAGUUCAUUUCACGUCCCAAAAUAAUAACAAUAAUGAUACUAGCUAUUCUACAGAUUUAAUAUGGUCACAAGAUGAAAUAAACACAAUACUACCUUCUUUACGUCUAAUAAAUUCAAAUGUUUUUGCAUCAUAA